UGAAUGCCUGAAGCAGCUGCUGCCAUGUAAUCUGCAGCAGCUCUGUGCAGCAGGUUCGAGGUCAGACUAGUUCCACAUGUGCCACAACAUGAGGCGGUUUGGUUUCUGUCUCCUCCGCCCCUUCCCCGGUUCCCCACUGAGUGUCCGGGGAGCCUGCAGAUCCUCCGGCCUCCAACCGCGGGUUCUCCCCGGGCCCCUCACCGGGCCCCUCACCCGCCACCACAGCAGCAUCCCGGGUCACCGCUGGAGGGGCCUGAGCAGCACCGCUGUCCCCCAGCACAUCCAGGACCUGAGCGGGCCUGAGCAGAGGCUGCUGGAUAAACUGUACGAUGGGCUGAUCUCGGGCCAGAGAGCGUCCCUGGCGGAGUCCAUCACUCUGGUGGAGACGCAGCAUCCCAGGAAGAAGGAGCUGGCUCAGGUGCUGCUGCAGAGGGUGCUGGCGCACAGGAGGGAGCAGGAGGGACGUCGUGGGGGGAAACCACUGGCCUUCAGAGUAGGUCUCUCUGGUCCCCCAGGAGCUGGAAAGUCGUCCUUCAUCGAGGUAGCGGGAAAGAUGUUGACAGGACGUGGGCAUAAAGUGGCAGUACUGGCUGUUGACCCAUCUUCCUGCACUACGGGGGGGUCUCUGCUGGGUGACAAGACUCGUAUGACUGAGCUCUCCAGAGAUAUGAACGCCUACAUCAGGCCAUCCCCGGCCUCGGGAACACUCGGUGGCGUCACCAGAACAACCAAUGAGGCCAUCGUUCUCUGUGAGGGGGCAGGAUAUGACAUCGUCCUCGUGGAGACUGUAGGUGUUGGUCAGUCUGAGUUUGCAGUGGCGGACAUGGUUGACAUGUUUGUGCUUCUUAUCCCGCCAGCAGGGGGCGAUGAACUCCAAGGUAUCAAGAGGGGGAUCAUUGAGAGGGCUGACUUGGUGGUGGUAACAAAGUCAGAUGGAGACUUGCUGGUGCCGGCCAGGAGGAUCCAGGCGGAAUACACCAGCGCACUUAAGCUGCUCAGGAGAAAGUCCAAGUCCUGGAACCCUAAGGUGGUGCAUGCUUCCUCACACACCUCUGAGGGCAUCCCAGAAGUCUGGGCCAAGAUGGAGUCGUAUAGGGACGCCAUGCUGACCAGCGGUGAACUGCAGGGCCGGCGGAGAGACCAACAGAGAGUCUGGAUGUGGAGCCUGAUCCAGGAAAGCGUCCUCUGCCACUUCCAAACCCACCCGAGCGUCAGGGAGGCUCUGCCCGGCCUGGAGGAGAGGGUCACCAAGGGCGUCAUCUCUCCUGGACUGGCUGCCGACCUGCUCCUCAAAGCCUUCUCUGCAUCGUCGUGAUGGUCGGGAACUGCAUUUAGUUUUUUAAAAGGCAGAUCAGUGCCUCGUCAAUAUAAUAAGCGCACCUCUGGGACAGUGAAAGCAAUCCAGAGUGAGCGUAUAUGACCCUGACUUUGUGGUUUUGCACAAAAAAAAGCAAAAAAAAAAAGUUCCUUUGACAGUAAAUGUGAAAUAACUGAACUAGAAGUUACUUAAAAGAAGAUUUCCAGAACACGAGAAAAGGUGAUAGCUGGUAGUCGUAAUUUCUCAUUAACUGCUAAAAACCAAAAAGGAACUUUUUUUUUUAUCUUGUGAAACCUCCGUUAUCAGUGGACUUUUUUCACGCAGAUCCCUGGUCUCACAGGAACACUACACACCCUCACUGGGAUCAGUUGAGAUGUAUUUCUGAGGUCGCGUUGUUUCAGUGGAAGAACGGUUGGUUCAUGAACACUCUCUUUUACAAAUUUGCCAACUUCCUCUUCAACAUAACACUGUUUUAUGAAUCAAGAGGAUCAGGUUCAUAAUUGGGGUUUGAUGCGUCUCUUGCUUCUGUUGCUGAACUGCCGUGAACACAUCUUUUUUUAUUACUCCUGAAAAGCAACAGAAAGAAAUGGUUUUUAAAUAGAUUACUUUGCUUCUGGGUGGAAUUAAAUUAAAAAGUGAUGUGAAUCGUAAAUGUAUUAGUGAAUAACAUUAAAUCUGUCGGCACAGGUGGGCAAGAA